AUGAAGAGGAUGAGCUGGAGGAGCUGAGAGCGCAGGUGUUGCAGCUGCUGCUGGAGCUAGAGGAGGCCAGAGAGGUGUCACAGCACCAUGAGGAGAGCUUCAUGGAGCUGCAGGGUCUGUUGGAGGAGGAGCGGCUGGCGAGCGCCCACCAGGCCGAGACCUUUACCAGACAGAUCCAGAAGCUGCAAGCCCAGCUCCGCUCAGUCCAGGAGGAGAUGGACAGUCUGGAGGAGGAGAAGGAGAGUGAGCUGGAAGAGGUGCAGGAGGAGCUCCGCUCGGCUCAGGAGGAGGUGCUGGUGCUGCAGCAGGCAGCUGAGGAGGCGGCGGCGGAGAGGGAAAACGACAUCGCCUCCCUGCAGGAGGAGCUGUGUCGGCUGAGGGCUGAGCUGCAGCGUCUCCACACCAUGGCGCAGGAGUACGAGCUGGAGGUGACCACACUGCGAGCUGAGAUCAGCAUGAAGAGCCAGAGUGCUGAGACUUACACAUAUGAAGAACACUUAGAGACAAAAAGUGGCGGAUCGUUGUCCUGGUGCAUUCCCCCGUCAGGAUGUUCCCCCCAAGUGACUAUGAAUAGGAUAAGGCUGGGUUCAGGUGCUGAUGACACCAUAGAGCAAGCAGGUGAGAUGAGCCACCUGGAGGAGGAGCUUGAGUCCCUGACAGAUGAACGCCACUCUCUGGCCAACGACAACGAGGAACUGAGCAACAAAAUGAUGCAGCUGCAGCAGAAACGAGACAUGUGUGAUGAUGUGUACCUGGCGGUCAGAGCGGAGGGUGACACUGAGCGUGAGCAGGGCAAGAAGGUUACAACCACAGACCGCUACAUCACUCUGUCUCAGUGUGGUCCUGAGCACAAGGGCCGACCCCCGGAGGAUGGGGAUUUGGUGUCAGAGCUGAACAUUCUGAAGGUGCAGCUAAGAGAAGCUGAGGAGGCAGCUCACAAAGUCAAGAGAGAGUGUGACGGUUUGAAGGGAGAGCUGGUUGAGCUGCAGCAGCUGUAUGACAGCAGCCAGCAGGAGCGAGCGGCACUUGAGCAGGAGCUGCAGCACUGCAGGGCUGAGCUGCAGAAACUGGUGGGCUGGAAGUCAGAGGCAGACCCUGGAGGCUGGAACCUGGUGGUGGCAGCAGUUGCAGCGGCAGCCAUCAUACUUCUGGUCAUCCCCAGCUUCACCAGGGCUUGAGCACUAAAAAGGAAGUGACCUCACAGGAAACUCUGGGAUUGUGGGAUUGCCGUCGCCCAUACAUGUUGCUAACUCGAUGUCUGCUUGUUGCUUCACUCUGUUUCAUGGGACGGCACCACCAAAACCUGCACACCGCAGAUGUGAGUGAGUGUUGCAGGGAAAAGCAAGAAGAUCACGAACUCACUAAGUCAUCACUGUACAGUAGGUCAGCAGAGUUUAACUGGAGGUGGUCGUUUUGCAUCAUUCUUUAGGUCAGACAAUAGCUACAAGUCCAUCAACUUCAGCUGGUUUUCACCUCAAACGGGUCAAAACGUUGUCGUGUUUGUUGCUGCCACAGGAAAAUUUUCAGCUAUUUGUCCUGUUCAUGUCAGGAGCCUGCUCAGAAGAAUGGUUAGAUCCUUUUACUGGAGUAAAAGCAGUAAUAUCACAGUGUACAAACACUACUGAACAAGUGCAGCAUGUAAAACUUCAAAGUUCUGCAAGUGCAGAAC